GAUUUUCCAAACCCGGCGUGUGGCGACAUUACAGUCGAAUCUCUAGCGGCUUGCACUCGCUUGAUAAACGCUCUUAAAUUGCAAUUGUUUGUGUUUUGUUAUAAAACUGUGAAAUAAAAUGUGUGAAAAGAGAAUCAGGAAGAUCCGCAGAGGAUCACAUUUGAUUCGUCUGCGUGAAGCGAGACGACAACAAAGACUGGCGUGGAUACCCACUCCAAUCACGCAGGAAGCGGCGCCUCCGCCCCGCGAUACGCAGCCAACCGUCGAUAAAGCGGCCCAGAGCCGCGUUAUUCUAGAACUGGCGUGCAAAACCAUCGCCCUGAUGCAGAAGAACCGUCUGAUACAGCAGAAAAUUGUCGCCCUACAGAGGGAGACUUCUAAAUUCGUAGCUGCCGUCAUGAGCAACCCAGAGAACAGGCGGCGCUAUUUAGAACAUGUCCGUUUAUAUGGAGCUGGUCGCAUAACACUCGUGCCGACAACAGACGCGGGAAAUUUACCACUCAAAAUAGAACCAAAAGAUUGAAUUGAACGAAAGAAUGAAUGUUUUGUUUUUAUCAUUCUUGUCAUGGCGGAUGUUAUUGUUAUUUAUUUAUUUCUUUUUAAUUAAUAGAAGUUGGUAAUGUAAUUAAUAUGUUUAUGUUCCAGCAAUAAUUAAUGUUGAAUUCAGUGUCUUUAAACCGUUGUGGCUAGUAUAGGAUACCUUCUUGUUGUAAACUUUUUGAGGUUGUUUUAAGAGGCUGUUGAUGUUUCGACUUAUCUUCGUGUCGUAUUCCGUAGAAUUGUGUUAUUUUAAUAUUUUCCCUCUUAUGGGUUAGGAUUGUGGGAUGAUGAAUAAAUACAAUUUUUUAAUCGAUUUCGUAAUAAAAUCGAUUAUUAAAUGAGGAUCGGUAAUCUCUUGAUUAACUUAACCAGUAUAUUCUAAUUAUAAAAAUAUAUACAGAUAUCGAAUAUCUAAAUAUUUGCUUAAAAAGACUUAUUUUGAUUCUAAUCAAUUUAGUAAGAAAUUUGUAUGUGGCUAAUGAAGACCAUACAUAUAUGGUCAUUUCUAAAUUAAAAUGCCUGUCAUUAUUUCUGUAUUAACAUUGUUCGCCGUUCAUUCAAAAUGAUUGUAUACGAAGAUAAUCUUUAAAUACUCUUAGUUCUAUGACUGAUUUUAACUGCCUCAGAAGUAGGAAAUUUCCUAUUUUGUAGCUGACUGUUAUCCUUUUUAUAAUUGUUUAACAUUAUAAAAAAAAACUUCGUCACUAAAUGGCAUUUAAGUAGUUCGUAGUGAUUGCACACAGUUCUAAGUCUGUGGUAAUUACGAGUAUUUUAUCUGUGUUCGAUUUAUGCUUUCAUAUAUUAUCUGUUUGAACUGUGGUGUGCGUGCUUAGUACGAAUAUGUGGUGUCAACUUAAAUACUGAUAUCAUCAACCCAAUCGUCUAUGAUACGGAUAUAAGUUUUAAUGGAUAUAAUUUUAUGUAAAUACAAAAAAUAAUUAUUAUUGCGUCGCAUUUUAUAAUUUCUUUAAUUGCGCACGCGACCAAUGUUUAAAUUAUCGCAAUUUAAAACUACGAUCGAUAUGUUGAUGUUACUUUUAUAUAACAUAAUUAAUUUGGAUAAAAACAGGGUACCUAUGAAAGAUGUUAAAUGGAUUAGGUAUUUUUUAUAUUUUUAUCUUAAUUUCAAAAGUAUUAUAUAUUAUAUGACGUGCACAACCCUGAGUUAAUGUUAAGGUAUGCUUAAAUUUUCUACGCUUAAAUAUAUUGGAUAGCAUUAUUUAAAAUUAUUUUUAGUUGUUAUAUCAAAAAUAAACUAGUCUGAAUUAUAA